GAUACAGUAGCCUCUUUAUCAAAUGUCAUUUGAAAAAUACAUCAAAAAUAAAUAAAAAACACAAAUAAUAAUGUCGGACUCUACUGAAAGUUUGAAGAAUGUGGAUUAUUCAACGGAAUUUGUGGUGGAAAGGGUACUGGAUCAUAGAAUACACAAAGGGCAACUACAAUAUUUGGUGAAAUGGCAAAAUUUUCCCGAAGAAGAUAAUACCUGGGAGAUGGCUACGGACUUGGUGGAUGUUGUUCAAGAUUGUGGAAGUCUCAUAGCAGCGUACAAAAUGCUACAACGUCAAAUUAAAGAAAAAGACCUUAAUAAAAUAUAUGAAUUAAAGGCUAAACGAUUGAAAAUUGAUCCGGGCAUUGUGAUGGAUAGUCCUUUCAAUCGUGAUUUUAAGGCCAAAGAAAUAUUACAAGGAUACAAUGACAAUGGUGAAAUCUCUUUCUUGAUCAAAUUCUGGCAUCUGAAACAACCCGAAAUAGUGCCGAGUUGCAUUGCUUAUGUUGAAAUACCCCAAAUGGUUUUUCGUUUCUAUGAAAUGCACUCCAAUUUUCCAAGUUCCCAGACAGCUUUAGAGGAUAACCAACAAAGGAAUUCAUAUAUAUAACACUUAAGCCACAAUUAAAUUUUCA